CUGAUGUGCAGCAGUUGGACCCUUCAGGCCUUUCUGAGUCUUUUAGUUGUUAAAACUCAUCACACUGGCUCUUAAUUGUUUAUUUUAUUUAAUCAUUUAUUUUACUGUACUCAUCUUUUAAAAUAUUUUAUUCCAUCUUCUAUUUUUUGUAUUGUUUCUAUCAAAUUCUUAACUAAUUUGAGAUCUGUUUUACUUGUUUUUAGAAAACGUUAGAAAACUGAGUUGUUGCACAGAAUUUAUUAAAACACUAUAAAUAUUAAAGUGACGAUCUAAAGACAAAAGGGAAGUUGCCGCUCAGCAGGGAAAGACCAAUUUAAUUUAAAUAGCUGCGUCGGUACAACUUUGUACACAUACUGAUGUCACGUGGGGUUUGAUAAGCAACUGACACACCGGAGCCUCCUUAUCAUUUCUGACCAGACCGCACGAUGGGAAAAGCAGCGAAGAAGAGCAGAGCUGGUUCCAGGACCGGAGCGUCAGGCAGAAGCCUGUUUGGGAAGCCCUUUGAUGGAGGGAAGAGGAUGGACCAUGGCGGCUCGCAGCAGCAGCAGCAACAUCCAAUGGAGCAGCAGCAGCAGCCGUAUCAUCCGCAGCAUCCGGCCAUGAUGCGUCUGUACGAGGUGCAGAAGGAGGUGGCCUCUCUGGGGCCGCAGGUCUGCACCUUCAGCGGCCUGCAGAACGACCGUGAGUACAAGCGUCUGGAGCGCGACCUGACCCGGCUGCUGCUGGAGGUGGACCAGGUGGACACGGAGGGCAAACUGGAGCUGCAGGGGGGACGAAAGCGAGCGGCACAGGAGGUGGAGGGCCUGCUGCGCUACCUGGAGGAGAACGCCACCCACCCGUCCCGUCUGGCCAUCGAGCAGCUGAGCAACGAGGCGCGACGGCUGGUGGACGAGCGCGUGGUGGCGCCGCAGCGUUCCGGCGGGGUGGCCGAGAUCAACGACGAGCUGGUGGACGCGCUGCAGCAGCUGGUGUUGAGGCUCACCCAGGUCAAGACCGAAGGGAGGGUGCCGCUCCGCAAAGCACGCUACCGGGCGCUGACACGCCUGUGCGCCGUGCAGGACGUGAUCGAAGGGCGCACGCAGCAGCAGACCCUCUCGCUGCCGCUGUCGGGGGACACCCACGAGGCCGUGCACUGCAUCAACCAGGUGAUGGUGAAGGUGAGCGUGGCGCGCAGUCAGCUGGUGGCUCUGCUGAUGGGCCUGAGCGGGAGGGACAGCUGCGCCCACCUGUCACGCAUCCUGACGGAGAUGCAGGUAGAGCUGGACGCUCUGGAUGUUUCCGGGAACGCGGCGAUCAGAAAUUACCGGAAACAGGUUGUGGAGGAGAUUAACGGGCUGCUGAAACAUCUGGACCUGGAGGGGGAGGGAGACGACACGCGCAGGUACGACUUGGCUCAGAACAACUCCAUCCGCGAGAUAGAGGCGGUGCGAGCUCACGUCUCCCACCUGCGAGAAGGCGUCCUGCGGCACUGCGCGAUGGGCGACCUCGGCUUCAGACCCAAAGCCGAGCUGCAGAGCCUCCUCACGCACCUGGACCAGGUGGACACGGCUAAGAACCCGUGUAUCAGAGAGGCCCGCCGCCGCGCCGUGGUGGAGGUCCAGGCCAUCAUCACCUUCCUGGACCUCCGCGAGGCCUUGGCCCGCCGUCAGCCGGGCCCCAGCGAGCACCCAUCGCACCGGGCCGUGUGGCUGGUCCUGGGGAGCCUGUCGGACCUCCAGGCCCAGGUUCUGGGCUUCGACGGCAAACGGGUCGACAAGAGCUACAUGAUGCUGGAGGAGCUGUUGACCAAACAGCUGCUGGCGCUAGACGCCGUGGACCCGCAGGGCGACGAGAUGACCAAGAUGGCGCGGAAGCAGGCGGUGAAGUUCGCCCAGAACAUUCUCAACUAUCUGGACAUGAAGACGGACGAGUGGGAGUAUUGAUUGAUUGAUUGAUUGAUUGAUUGAUUAAAAAACCCCAAACAAUCACAGUGGUAGCCGUGUUGCUAGGUGAGUGGACAUCGCUGCAGGAAUGAAAGGAGCUGAUAAUGUGUAUAAAUAAAAAAAAAAAAAACUGGUGCGUUAUCGUUCCACAGGCUGAACUCUGUAAAUAUUGACUCAAAUCCCCAGAAUGCACUGCAGCAGCGCUUUUCUUUUGUCUCUUUGUGGUAGUUGUGGCCGAAACCUGCUGAGAAGUCAACAACAAAGAACUCCUUUUGUGAAACACACUUUGAAAUUUUUUUGUGUGUGUGUGUGCUUUUUUGAAAAUUUUCUUUUUGAAUCUCCCGUAUGUAUGUAUGUGUAUGUGUGUAUGUAUGUGUGUGUGUGUGUGUGUAUGUGUGUGUGUGUGCGAGUUGUCGUCUGUUGUCGCCGUGUUAGUGUUUGGUUGAUGAAGCUUGCUGCCAAAGCACUAAAUAAUGCCUGUUAGAGUUGUCGUAUCCUCCAGACUGCACUUGAUAUUGAUAAAUUACCCGAGUGUGAUGGAUUACUUAGCAGGGGCUUCCCCCCUUCUGGCCUGAUUAAGUUGAGUGUCAGUUGUUAGUGGAGACAGCUAAUGUAUGUGUUAAAUACAGUGACCUAAUUUGGGAGAGUCGUCCACUGAUUGUUAUACCUGUCGGCCGAUUUUUAGGGUGUUAACAUGUCAAGAAGUAUCAAAAAACACCAAAUUAUAAGCGUUUUUUCCUUUUAUUUUGCUGCAGUUUGUAUCGAAAGAAUCAAAUUCGCUCCGAUUCUGUUUAGCAAAGCAGAUGGUGUGAACAAAUAUUAAACAGGAAGUUAAUUUAA